GGCGGAAAGGUAGUGAGGAGUCGGCCAAUGUCCCUGGAAGCUCAAACAUGGCUGCUGGCAGCAACCGCCGGCUUCAGCAAACUCAGCACCAAGUAGAUGAGGUCGUUGACAUCAUGCGGGUGAACGUGGACAAGGUGCUGGAGCGGGAUCAGAAGCUGUCGGAGCUGGAUGACCGAGCUGACGCCCUGCAAGCUGGGGCCUCCCAGUUCGAGACCAGCGCGGCCAAGCUCAAGAGGAAGUACUGGUGGAAGAACUGCAAGCUGUUGCCAAAGGUUGGAAUCAUCUUUGAUGUGGGCAAUAUUGAUAGGUGUUGUUGUCAUUAUCAUCAUCAUCAUUAUUGUCUGGAGUGCGUAUUCAUGAACUACAAGAAGAAACUCAGUUCAACCGAAGGUGCCUUUGAGAAUCCUCUUCAGCCUCUCCACUCCAAACCUGCUGCCUUCUCAGCCCGUUUACUGCUGUUUGAAGCACACCUCUUUUGAUUACCGAGACGUUGACUAACUUUA